AUGGCCUCUUCUAUAAUCAACCAAGCUGACUUCCUGAAAUACGCCAGGGACGCAGUUUCGGACCUUGCCAAGGCAGGAAAGAUUUCCAGCGGCGAUUCUUCCAUCAUGAAUGAUCGUCUUUUCAAUGCAAUUGUAUCCACCACAAAUCGUCUCGGCUUGAUCCGUACAGCUACUAAUGUGAAUCUGUACAAGGGUCGGGUUUUUGAUUUUUUGGAUGAUUCUAACUUCGAGUUCACUGGCUCAAUUGAAAGUGUUAUCGAGUUGAAGAAGUGGCAGAAGAUUCUGAACACCGCGGUAAAGUAUGGCACGUCAGAAGACCAGCUUCUCGAUCCGAUCCGUAUGCCUAUCGCGGUGUGGGUGUACCUCAACAAUGCGCAAGUCCUUGCACGACUCAAUCAAGUUCGUCAAAACAUCUAUACUGAGACGAAGAAUGUCGCAACCUAUGUGCCGGGUAUGACCAGUAUGCCAUCGAUUAUGAAAGAAUUCGAUAAAGCCUACUUCGAGCAUGCAGCGGCCGAGUCAUUAAAAUGGGCAGAAGCACGCAUCGCAGUGGUUUCUUCUGCAUACACGAAUACUCUGAUUGUCCCUGGGAACUCGGAGAUUGUGAAGUCCACCCUCGACCUUCUUUACAACAACUUGAAUGAGAUCAAAACUCCUGAUUUAGAUGCUUUAGAUUAG